AGCUCCAAGAGGACUCUUCGUAUGGCUUAAGCAAUGGACACAAUGACAAGUCAGCAUCCUAUGUGGAAUGAGCAGAAAAAAAGAAAAGAAAAAAAGAAGAAAGUUGAUAUGGAGUGAGGGAGGGAGCUUCUGCAUUAUUCCAUCCUUCUCUCGAUCCCAAACCACAGAGUCAUCUGCAUACGUUCAUUCUGUUUCUGAUGAUCAUAUAGUUUUUUUUUUUUUUUGUAGUUAUGGUAAGCUUCCUGAUUUCAUUCUUUUGCCUCAGUUUGAAUUCAUUGACCAUCUUUUUCCUUGAAAAUGCGUUUAUUGUGUAUGUUUGGAUGCUCCAGGGAAGUCCGGUAAACAUCAUAGUUGGAUCACAUGUGUGGGCAGAGGAUCCUGAGGAUGCAUGGACCGAUGGGGAAGUGAUAAAAAUCAAUGGCAGAAGUGCCACCAUUAUUACCACUAACGGGAAGACAAUAAUUGCAGACAUUUCCUGUAUCUACCCAAAAGACACAGAAGCACCACCAGCAGGGGUCGAUGACAUGACCAAGUUAGCUUACCUCCAUGAACCGGGAGUCCUACAUAACCUUGACUGUCGGUUUGCACUCAAUGAGAUAUAUACUUACACUGGGAACAUUCUAAUAGCGGUGAAUCCUUUCCGAAGACUGCCACACUUGUAUGACAUCCACAUGAUGCAGCAGUAUAAGGGAGCUGCCUUUGGAGAGCUAAGUCCACACCUCUUUGCUGUUGCAGACACUUGUUAUAGGGCAAUGAUAAAUGAACAGGGAAGCCAGUCCAUUUUGGUAAGUGGAGAGAGUGGAGCUGGUAAAACGGAGACAACAAAAAUGCUCAUGAGAUACCUUGCAUUCAUGGGGGGCAGAUCUGUCACAGAAGGAAGAACAGUAGAACAACAGGUUUUGGAGUCCAACCCAGUCCUGGAAGCAUUUGGGAAUGCCAAAACUGUGAAAAACAAUAAUUCAAGUCGUUUUGGUAAAUUUGUUGAGAUUCAAUUUGAUAAGCAUGGAAAGAUAUCUGGAGCUGCAAUUCGUACAUACCUUCUUGAAAGGUCACGUGUGUGCCAAGUCUCUGAUCCAGAGAGAAACUAUCAUUGUUUCUACAUGCUGUGUGCAGCACCGCCGGAGGAUGUUAAAAAAUUCAAGUUGGGAGACCCGAGGACAUUCCAUUAUCUUAAUCAAUCAAACUGUUAUGAAGUAGCAAAUGUAGAUGAUGCAAGAGAGUAUUUGGAGACCAGAAAUGCAAUGGAUAUUGUAGGGAUCAGCCAGGAUGAGCAGGAUGCUAUAUUCCGCGUGGUGGGUGCAAUCCUCCAUCUUGGGAACAUUAACUUCAUCAAAGGGAAGGAAGUUGAUUCUUCCAAACUAAAAGAUGAGAAAUCAAAAUUCCAUCUUCAAACUGCAGUAGAGCUACUCAUGUGUGAUGAGAAGAUGCUUGAAGACUCACUUUGUAAGCGUGUCAUAGUCACUCCCGAUGGUAACAUUACAAAACCACUGGACCCAGAAAGAGCUGCCUUAAGUCGUGACGCCUUGGCAAAGACUGUGUACUCCAGGCUGUUUGAUUGGAUUGUGGAUAAGAUAAACAGUUCAAUUGGUCAAGAUCCUAACGCGGCAAGCUUAAUUGGAGUACUUGAUAUAUAUGGCUUUGAAAGCUUCAAGCUCAACAGUUUUGAGCAGCUAUGUAUCAACCUCACAAAUGAGAAGUUGCAACAACAUUUUAAUCAGCAUGUAUUCAAGAUGGAGCAAGAGGAGUACACAAAGGAGGAAAUCAAUUGGAGCUAUGUAGAGUUUGUGGACAACCAAGAUGUUUUGGAUCUUAUUGAGAAGAAACCUGGGGGUAUAAUUGCUCUUCUUGAUGAAGCCUGUAUGUUUCCCAAGGCAACCCAUGAGACAUUUGCACAAAAGAUGUAUCAGACAUAUAAAGGACACAAGCGCUUCAGCAAGCCAAAACUUGCUCGAACAGACUUUAUAAUAAAUCAUUAUGCUGGAGAUGUCAUCUACCAAGCAGACCAAUUUCUUGACAAAAACAAGGAUUAUGUUGUAGCAGAACAUCAAGCUCUACUAAAUGCAUCCAAGUGCCCAUUCGUUGCUAAUCUUUUCCCUCCACUACCUGAGGAGACAUCAAAGCAAUCUAAGUUCUCUUCCAUUGGUACUCGCUUCAAGCAACAACUACAGUCUUUGAUGGAAACACUGAACACAACAGAACCACAUUACAUCAGAUGUGUAAAGCCAAACACAGUUUUGAAGCCUGGAAUCUUUGAGAACUUCAAUGUCUUAAACCAGUUAAGAUGCGGGGUAACUAAAAUUCCUCUUCUACCUCACAGAAUAAAUAGCAUUUUCCAGAAAGUAUCAGAAGUUGACCUGUUGAUAAUGCUCCUCCAAAUGGUAUUCUGGCAGGGUGUAUUAGAGGCUAUUAGGAUAAGUUGUGCUGGGUAUCCAACAAAAAGAUCAUUUGAUGAGUUCCUCGAUCGUUUUGGAAUGCUAGCUCCUGAUGUUCUUGAUGGAUCUGAUGAAAAAUCAGCAUGUAUUGCUAUCUGUGACAGAAUGGGCUUAAAGGGCUAUCAGAUUGGAAAAACAAAGGUGUUUCUUAGAGCUGGGCAGAUGGCCGAAUUAGAUGCACGGAGAACUGAAGUCUUGGCUAAUGCUGCCAGACGCAUCCAGCGGCAAAUUCGAACACAUCUGACUAGAAAAGAGUUCAUUACCCUGCGCCGGUCUACUAUUAAUGUCCAGAAACUUUGGAGAGCACAACUUGCACGUAAGUUAUAUGAGAGUAUGAGAAAGGAAGCUGCUUCAAUCCGCAUACAAAAACAUGUUCGUGCUCACACUGAUAGAAAAUCAUACACAAAAUUAGUAGCAUCAGCAAUAGUUAUUCAAACUGGGUCACGAGCAAUGGCAGCUCGAAAUGAAUACAGAUACAGAAGAAGAACGAAGGCUACAACCAGCAUUCAGACUCAAUGGAGAAGAUUCCAAGCUCUCUCUGGUUAUAAACAGCAGAAGAAAGCGACUCUUACACUUCAAUGUCUCUGGAGAGCGAGGGUAGCAAGGAAAGAGCUUAGAAAGCUAAAAAUGGCUGCAAGAGAAACGGGGGCACUUAAGGAAGCUAAGGACAAGUUGGAGAAGCGUGUUGAAGAGCUAACAUGGCGACUAGAAUUUGAAAAGCACUUAAGGAUUGAUCUUGAAGAAGCAAGAGGACAAGAAAUUGCAAGGUUACAAAAUGCUUUACACGAAAUGCAAGGGCAACUGGAUGAAGCUCAUGCCUCAAUCAUACAUGAGAAAGAAGCAGCAAAGCUAGCCAUUGAGCAAGCUCCAGCAGUCAUUAAAGAGGUUCCAGUUGUGGACAACACCAAGUUGCAGUUACUGAGGAAUCACAAUGAGGAACUGGAAGGUGAGGUAAGAGAUCUGAAGAAAAAAGUUGAGAAUUUUGAGAAAAAGUAUUCCGAAGCUGAAAAAGAGAGCAAAACAAGGCUUAAAGAGGCAGAAGAGGCACAGCUAAAAGCAACAUUACUUCAAGAGACCAUUGAAAGAUUAGAAUUGAACUUAUCAAACCUUGCAUCCGAGAAUCAGGUUCUACGCCAACAGGCUUUGGUUGCAUCAACAAAGGAGGACUUCUCCGAAGAACUGAAAAUCCUGAAGAACAAGAUUGAAAUUUUGGAGUCAGAGAAUGAACAGUUCCACAACCAGGCAGCAGUUGUGAAGGAGAUAGCUACUCCUGAAAGGGUGCCACCACAAGUCAAGUCUUUUGCUAAUGGACAUCAAACGGAGGAAGAACUUCAAACAACAAAAGAAUCGGGACCUCUUGUCUCAGUCCUAACUAAACAAAGAUCACUCACAGACAGGCAGCAGGAAAAUCACGAUGUACUACUCAAAUAUCUCAUGGAGGAUAAACGAUUUGAUAAGAACAGACCCGUCGCAGCCUGUAUUGUAUACAAAACACUUCUUCAGUGGAGAUCCUUUGAAGCAGAGAAGACAAAUAUAUUUGACAGGAUUAUUCAAACAAUUCGUUCAUCUACAGAGAGUCAAGACAACGUCGACACCGAUUUAGCUCAUUGGCUUUCAACAACUUGUACCCUUUUGUUUCUUCUCCAAAGUACACUCAAGGCGAGCAAUACAAUUAGUGCAGCUUCACAUCGUAAUCGGAGCUCCCCUGCCACCUUAUUUGGUAGAAUGGCACAAGGUUUCCGUCCAUCUUCAUUGGGCACGGGAAUUUCAAGCGGGUACAGUGGAAUGGUGGGGAAACCAAAUGAACAAUUAAAAGUGGAAGCUAAGUACCCAGCCCUACUAUUUAAGCAGCAUCUAACUGCGUGUGUUGAGAAAAUAUAUGGGAUGAUACGUGAUGGUUUGAAGAAAGAGAUCAGCCCAUUGCUUAACUUGUGCAUUCAGGCACCAAGAUCAGCACGGGUCAGAUCAACAAGGGGGUCAUCUAAAAGUAUCCAUUCUAGUAUAGUUGCAAAGCAACAAACAUCAAACAUACAUUGGCAGAGCAUUGUCAAUAAGCUUCAUCAUACCUUGGGUGUAAUGUCUGGGAACCAUGUCCCUCCAAUGAUCACAAGAAAGAUCUUUAGUCAGGUCUUUUCAUUCAUCAAUGUACAGCUCUUUAAUAGCUUAUUGCUUCGACGUGAAUGCUGCUCAUUUAGCAAUGGAGAAUAUCUAAAGGCAGGUUUGCAGGAAUUGGAUCAUUGGUGUCUCAAAACAACAGACGAGUACGCUGGAUCGUCUUGGGAUGAACUCCAACACAUAAGGCAAGCUGUCGGGUUUCUGGUGCUGCAUCAGAAAGCUCAGAAAUCUUUGAAUGAGAUCACAAAUGAGCUCUGCCCGAUAUUGAGCCUUCCGCAAAUAUAUCGCAUUGGAACUAUGUUCUGGGAUGACAAAUAUGGAACGCACGGAUUAUCUCCAGAUGUAAUUGGCCGAAUGAGAGUCUUGAUGGCAGAAGAUUCAAUUAAUAUGCCCAAUAAUUCUUUCUUGCUCGACGUGGAUUCAAGCAUACCCUUUUCAAUGGAAGAGAUGUUCAGAUCCUUGAGGGACACAGAAAUCAAUCUAUCUGAUGUCGAUCCGCUACCCAUCCUACGACAAAGAUCUGAUUUCCAUUUCUUGUUACAAGCAGCACAGGGACUUACUGAUACUGAAACAUUAUAGUGUAAUUAAUUGCAAUUUUUCGCUUUUCGCUUUUGUGGUGUGGGAGAG